GUUGGAGGACUGAUGAGGGGGAUUUUGUUGCAUUUGUUUGAUUUCACUUACGAUCUCUUAUUAUGAAACUCCAUACCGGAUGUUUAAUUUACUAAUUCAGUUGUCUUGACAAUGCUUGAGGGCAAAUCAGCCGGGGAGACUACGAAAAUUAUAUCAAGUGGAUUUGACAAGUAGCUAACUCAGUCCAUGAUAAUAAGGCAGUGCGAUAUUUUUGACUAAAGUGAUAGCUCAAUGGAUAUCCACCGAGUUUAAGAGCAACGGGUUUUGGAAGUCCAGCUCGAGUGGCGCUAUCAUCUCAAGUUGGAUAUUCUAAUCACUGCAAUGACUGAGUCCUCAAAACCGCCUGCAGGGAGAAAAAUGAAGGCACGUGCCCCCCCUCCGCCACAGGUCCCUCUACCUGCCCCACGCCACAUCUUCAGAAAUGCUGUACCUGAUGGGGGAGGGACAUCCGGCAUGGACCCCAAAGAGAACAUGCUUAGGCCCAAUGUGGAUUUCCAGCUAACCCUACCACAGGGAUACCAGACUUCUGUAACUGAGGAUGGCAGUAAGGCGUUGAUGGACCUCCUGGUUGAGCUGUGUAGUCGCUACCACCUGAAUCCAGCACUCCACACACUGGAGCUGCUUUCGCCCGAGGGCCACACUUUGGGGUUCAAGCCCAACGCUCUGCUGGGCUCCCUCAACGUGGCCUGUGUCCUCAUCAAGGAGAAAGUCUGGGAAGAGAAAGUGGUGCGCAGACCAGCGCCCAAAGUGCCAGAGAAAACUGUGCGUUUGCUGGUGAACUACCACGGUAGCCAGAAGGCAGUGGUACGGGUCAAUCCGUUUGUACCACUCCAGGCACUGAUACCGGUCAUCUGUGACAAGUGUGAGUUUGACCCUGCACAUGUCCUGCUCCUGAAGGACAGCCUCAGUCGCCACGAGUUGCCACUGGACAAAUCUCUGACAGAGCUGGGGAUCAAGGAGCUCUAUGUACACGAUCAGAGUCUAGUUCUCCAGCCUAAAAUGGCUUCUGCGCCUGCGCUUAACUACUCAGACUCCAUCCACUCCAGUACUAACAGUUUGGGCAGGGCGGAAAAGAAAGGUCUUCUGGGUAUUUUCCAGUUCAGCAGGAGGAAAACCAAGACAGAAACAUCAUCUGUGGACAUGGAUGACUGUGAUGAUAAAACCAUCCAAAAUACAGACACACAAUCACUUGGUCUGCCCACUGCGACAGGGGUCCCCAGCAUAGAAGAUAGGCCCAGUACCUUGGGCCAGUCUCAGUCGGUCAUGAACAUAUCCAGGAUGUCUCCCAAAGCUGAGACCAAGAAGAGGAGGGCCCCAGCACUACCCUGGGCCCCAACACCCACCAUGGGACACACCAGCUUUGAAGGUUAUGAGAUGGGUCUUGGCUCAGAAAGCCAACAAAGGAAAAGAAAGGCUCCAGCCCCUCCUACCACCCCAGCCUCCAUCACCCCAGACCCUGAUGGCACUUCAACCUCCGCCGGCUGCACCCUUGAUAGCCACGCCACUGAAACACCUAUCCCAGCCUAUCGUAGCAAGGUUGCACAGUCUAACACUGUCUCUGCUACCAUUGUGUUAACACAAACAGUAAAACCAGUCCCCUUAAAAAACGCGGUGCAACCUCCACCUGUGUGCACUGCCACCCCAACCCCCAGCUCCCCGACCCCAAGCAACAGCACUACUGACAGCCUGGCUGUCCAGGAUUCCAGCUCUGAACUUAGCAACAUACUCGACGACUCAGACGCUGACCUAGACCAGGCCGUGUCCUACUGCAGCACCCUCACCAGCAACACAGCGGGCGGGUCUGUGCGAGUCCAGCCUUCUACGACUAGCUCCAGCAGCACGGCUGCCAAAUUAAAUCCAGAGGCGACCUCAGCCAGCAGCUCUAGGUCCGAGACUGAGUCAGCCCUAAACUUGAAACUGGAUGACGUUGACAACAACAGACACAGUGGAAUGGCAGGAUCUCCUGAUCGACCAGCACCACCCAAACCCCGUCGCUCCCUAGGCCAGGAGCCACCACAGCUUGGCCUACCCCAUAACCUGUCCUUCCCUCUCAUUGAGCCCACAGAAAGCAACUCCCCACAGAGUCCCGGGGAGGCAGAGGAAGCGGCUCCCCAGUCUUGGCUCCACUCCAUUCAAAACUCCACAGCCAUUUGCCAGAAACCAGAAACUGGAACACCCGAGGAGGAGACCAUGUCCUUGGGCAGCAGCAGUGGUGGCAGCAGCCUGCCUGACCAGGGUUAUGCUGCCUCUGAGGGCAUGGCAGAGGGCGAGGACUCAGGCAUGGUCAGCUCUCCAUCUGACACCCAACCCACAUCCCCAGAUGGGAGUUUGUCUCUGGAUGGAGGAGAGAGAUUGCUGGCACCAGUGCGGGACAAUUCUAGCGACAGCGAUGAGGGAUGUGCCACAUGGGGAUCAAGACACAGGCACAAUGACAUCAGCCCACAGGUAAAAUCAGGAAGGUUAAAAGAAAGCUAUGAAGACCCGCACCUUACAGCUCAGCUCCAUCAGACUUUGGCAGAUUUUGAAGCAAACCUUACAGAUCAUUUAGAUAUAGCCUCAGCAACGGAGACCCCCUAUACCAUGUCCACAGACAGUAAUGAGGUGCCGGUGUCUGUAGUGGACAUGUAUGUGCCAGUCACAGCCAUAGAUGAAGUACUGGAGGACUAUGAAUGUCACAUUGUAGAAAAUGAGACAAAGUCACUGACCAGCACUGUGUCAGCUGGGAGCAAAGGUCCAGGCUUUUGUUGCCAGUCCAGUGUGGAGCCACAGAACAAAAACAACAAUGCUUGUAAAGCGGCUGACAGCAACAAAAGUAGCAGUUCAAAUACUAAGCAGCCAUCUCAACCUGAGCAGAGGAGGAAGUCACUGGGGAAGUCUAUAGCUGUUAAAAAGCAAGAAAAGAUGCUAGAGACAAAAAUGACAGCAACAACCAUCACUGAUACCAGCAGUGUAAAAGAGGAUAAACAUAGAACAUCAUCAGCAGUAAAAUCUAAUGUUGACCUGCAGAAGCACAAAAAGAGCACUGAGAUCAAACCUGGUCCUGUGAAAAGUAAUGCUCAAUCUUUUCAAGAGAAGACGUCCGAUCUUCCACCAACCAGUCAGAGAUCAGUGUCUGCAGAGAGAGAUGAAGCGAUGCACAGAGUUUACCAAAAUAACUCCAGCCAGAAUACUUCACAUGGUAAAAUCACUCGGAACGUCACAUCACGCUUCGGUUUGAAAACGUUCACUGUAGUUCCUCCCAAACCCUCUGUCGUGCACGCUGCUACGGGAGAGCCAGCUGUCAAAUUAACUGUCGGUGCCAUUAAGAUUGACGAUCAAGGAAACAUGGUGAAAGGGAGCAUCUCCCGGAACAAAGUUGGUGGUUCAUCAGUUUCUGAAAUGAAUUCCAAUGAGGGGUCUCCUCUUCUUGGAAAAGCCAAAGCUUUUUGGAGCUCGAAUGAGAGACAAGAAAGUGCUGUGCCCCACAGCAAAGAUCUCAUUGAUAACGCUAAGGAGAGCACAAGUACUCCCACUGUAAUCGCAUUAACUACUUUGAAGAGUAGUAACACUGAGGAACUGAAAACGCACACUUCACUUUAUAAAAAUGCCCAGUCUAAAGAGAUGGUUCAAGAAGAUGCUAAAGAACCAGUGAGAGCCGUCAAAGUUGCAAAAGAAGAGCGGGUAGAGGUGGAGAGCAAGAUUUCAAUGUCCAAAAGUGCUCAACAGCCUGCCAGCUGCCAGCCAAGUAAUAAACCUGCCCUUCCCCCUCCUAUCCUUCCAGACCUGAAAAGAGACCUGUCCUUCCUCAGACCAUCCAGACGAACCUCAAGCCAAUAUGUGGCGUCUGCCAUCACUAAAAACACCCCAAGGACCUCGGCUAAACCCAACUUCAUCCCUAAUGUACAUGACUCCUCUGCUUCUUUUAAAGCACAGACUUUCCAGAGAUCAGGUCGGUCCAUAACAGUGAAUCCACACCAAUCUUCCCAGUCCGAUAAUAAGGAGAAUAACUCUGCUUCCAAAUCCAGCCCGCAUGAUUCUAAACGCUCUAUGAGCCACCCAGUGCAUGUGUCAGAUGGCCAGAGAGAUUUGGGAGAAGUGAGAACGGACAGCGGCGGAUUUGGAAGUUGUGUUGGAUCUACCAAAGGAAGCUCCAAUACGUUGGAAACAGAUGCAGGCAAUAAUAGGCACAUUCAAUCCAUUGGGCCAAUCCAACAAAAUAUGAUUGCCAGUAAUGACAGCGAUGAUAUUAAACAUAUUAGGCACAGAAGCCCCAGCCCUGCACAAAGCAGUCUUCUAUACUCAUCUGCCAAACCACCCACAGCUCCCAAGGCUGUAAACCAAGGCCAGCCAAGUAACACAAGGGACGUGGCCAAGGCAGCCACUCAUCUAACACCCGAUGCAAAGCCACAACCUUCUGUCACAGUGUCAGACAGCAGUGGGACUCCUCCGGUAAUGGUGUUUGGGCCGACUAAAAAGUUCAAACCAGUGAUCUCCAGAUCUCCUGAGAAAGACACGUGUCUGCACAGCAGCCUGAUGGACGCAAUCCAGACAGGCGGAGGCAGGGGCAGGCUCAAGAAGAUAACCACUGCUGGUCCCAGCAGCAUGAAGAAAACAUCUUAUGUUGAGGAGGAGAAUGAGAGGUCUGCUCUUCUGGCUGCCAUUAGAGCCCAGAGCUGCUCUGGAAAGCUGAGGAAGACCAAAUCGGAGGCUGCUGAGGAGCUGGAAAAGUUCAGGAAGGCAACUACUGAGGAGGAGGGAGGGCCUCCCUCUUUGACUUGCACUUCUCCUCCUGUCUUUAACCCACCACCACCACCCAUGAUUGCACCUCCACCUCCUCCUGUCUUGCCUCAGGCUAAGCCUAGCACUGUUGCACAUCUAAGUGCUAACGCUCAUGUGAACCCUGCCUUGGCCAGGGAGGCUAUGCUGGAUGCCAUUCGCUCUGGAUCGGCUGCUGACAGGCUAAAAAAGGUUGCCUUGCCCACAAAGACAGUCCAAGUGAAUGGCAGACUGGGAAUAAUCCAUGCAACCUCCUCAACACUCCCUCAGCAAUAGGACGGGAAGCCCACAUCACCACAACAAGACAUACAUUUGUCAUUAUUAGGGAUUCAUUUCAGUUUAAAUUUUUUUUGCCAUUGUGCUUUUAGAAAAGUGGAUUAAGUCACAUUUGGAGUGAAUGCUAUUUGGACACAAAUACCGAUAAAUAAAUUCUACAUGUUGUCUAGAUUAUUCAAAAAGGGCUUCACGGCUCAGUCGGGGGUCUUAUAUUUAAAGUGAUGCACUAAUGCUCAAAGAAUUUUGUACUAAAGGAGAAUAGUUGAAACACGUAUUGUGUGUUGAAUGUUGCUCUCUCUUAGUAGCCAAACAUCAGUAACAUCUGUCUGAUAAAGGUGACAGAGGUGAAAGGUUGCAGGUAAUUCCACUCAUAAUAUCAGAUCCCUCGUUUAGCUAAUAACAAAACCUUACUGGAAAGAGUUUCUGUCCUCCCAGUACUAAACACGUCUUGCCAUCUAGUACUUGAAUUCAGUAGUUUUAACUGGAACGUUGUACAAAAUGUGUGCCAAUGAAAGCAAAUUGAAAUGGUUUAUGCAACUUCAGUUUUUCUUCUGAUCUUUUUUCUUUUUUACCACGGGUAAGUUAUGGCUGCCUCAUACUGUUGCUCAGUCAGUGUUAUGUAUUUGAUGUUUGCUGUAAAAAUUCUAAAUGGGGUGCAAUAAGUUGGGUCUGAUGAUGUUUUCAGAUUUUAACUAAUAUUUGUUUGAAUAAUUAGGAUAACUGAAGACUUAAGUUCACUUGAGAAAACAACAGAAACGGGAUUAUCCAUUGACAAUGUUUCACUUAUUUCUUUUGUGUAAAAUUGUAUUUUAUCCGGAUCCAAAAUGCCAACUUCUACAGUUCUGGGCUCUGAGGAGGAGUAAGUUGGGGGUGGCUUAGGAGUGCCUUUUUAGCUCACUAUACUCCUGUUUUAGCAUCUGACCUACCUGUUUUUUUAAAAGACAUUGGCAUACAUGGUCAGUGCACUGCAGAAACGUACAAUAGCAAUAUGACGACUGUGCCUUUGAUGUGAGAGAAAAUAAGAUGAACAUUUCCUUUCUUUGACAUUUCAACAUUUUUGAAGCACUGUUAUAAUAGAUCAAUGGUGGAUGUCACCAUGAGUAAAGAGAUUAACUAAUCAACAAGUCAUUAUGUAAUGGCUGUGUAAUACAAACUACCAGUCGUAGGAAAGCAGCAGUUUAGGUUAUCUAAGACUUUGAUUUAGGC